UCCUGGCUUCAGAGGCAGCGUGGCAGCCUCCGACGCGAUGAUUGGCCUGAAUAAAUCACGUGAUCGCCACAGGGACUUUGUGCCUGGGAUCCUGCUCCGGUUGUAGUUUACUGUCGACUUGUAGACACACCUGCACCAGGAAAGAAUGGCCGAGGGGAUACCAAAGGAGGUAUUGAUGAACACAACCCUCAUCAAUAAAUUGGCAGAAGUGGCUAAAGAUGCAGCACUCCUCCAUGGUGUCCUUAUGAGGGCCAACGAGUCCCCCAAUUCAUCAGAGCUGGUGACGUAUGCUCCCCUCACACUCUUCCCCACGCCUGUGCCCAAAGCCAUUUUCCUGCAAGCUAAGGCGGUGCAAACUCUUUACAACACGCUGGUGGACAAGAUCAGCCAGGAUCCUGACUUCCUGCAAGACAGUCUAGCGAGUACCAUUGCUGUCGACGAUUUCACUGCGAGGCUGUUCAAAAUCCACCAGCAGAUCCUUCAGGAAGGAAGAUCGCAGUCCAUUGUGUUGGGUCUGAAUCGAUCCGACUACAUGUUGGACCAGAGGGAGGACGGUUCCACGUCUCUGAAGCAGAUCGAGAUCAACACAAUCUCCGCUAGUUUUGGAGGCCUCGCCUCACAUAUGCACAACGUGCACCGACACACCCUGAAGGUGGCUGGACGACUGGGGGAGAGCCAACGCAUCUUAGACAACAACCCUGCGGUGGGUCUGGCUCAUGGUAUCGCUAAGGCCUGGGAGCUUUAUGGAUCAGAUCGAGCAGUUGUCAUGUUCUUGGUGGAGACCAAGCAGCAGAACAUCUUCGAUCAAAGAUUUAUCGAGAACGAGUUGUGGAAAAGGAAUAUUCCCACUUUGAGAAAGCGUUUUGAAGAUGUUUCACAAUCUGGAAAACUUGACAAGGAUAAGAAACUGUUUGUUGAUGGUCAGGAGGUCGCAUUGGUGUACUUCAGGAAUGGCUACAUGCCUCAACACUACACGUCUGAACAGACAUGGGAGGCUCGCUUGAUGAUUGAGCGCUCCUUGGCGGUGAAGUGUCCAGAUAUCGGCACACACCUUGCUGGGACGAAGAAGGUCCAGCAGGUGCUCGCCAAAUCUGGAGUUCUGGAACGGUUCUUUCCCGAUCAGCCGCAAAAUGUGGAGCAACUCAGGGCUACCUUUGCUGGCCUUUAUAAUCUUGACAUGGGACCAGAGGGUGACAAAACGGUGGAGAUGGCUCUGGCGACACCAGACCGGUUUGUCCUGAAACCCCAGCGAGAAGGAGGAGGGAACAACAUUUACGGAGAAGAGAUCUGCGAAGUUCUGCACAGAGUGAAGGGCAGUUCUGAGAGGACAGCCUACAUUCUGAUGGACAAAAUCCAUCCUAAACCGAUGCAGAACUACCUGCUGAGAAGAAACUCUCCCCUCGCAAUCAGCAGCUGUCUCAGUGAAUUGGGCUUCUUCGGAGUCUAUGUCAGGCAUGGUAAGGACAUGGUGAUGAACGACUGCGUGGGACAUCUGCUGAGGACCAAGAGUUCCGAGCAUUCAGACGGUGGCGUCAAUGCGGGUGUUGCUGUGUUGGACAACCCUCUGCUCUACUGAGAAGGUGCAUCUUUACCUGUGUGGACUUUCACGACACCAUUCUUAUUACACUACCUCAUGCAAUGUAAGCAACAUUAACAUCAGACCAGUCGUUCCAAAAAGGACACUUUUUGGUUUUUGGUACAGAAAAACUAUUUUAAAUGCAAAUUAUGAAUAUGUUCUGUCUCAAAUGAUAAUAAUAAUAGUAAAAGCUUUACGGUUGAAAAGUAAACGGUAUUGCUAAGUUGCAACCACGUGUCUUCGGGCUGCAGCCAUCAAUUAUUUUAGUGAUCUACCCAGUAAUCGAUCUAGUUUGAUGUAUUGAUUAUUUAUCCAAUCCAAUCCACUUUAUUUAUAUAGCACAUUUAAACAACAAAAUGUUUCCAAAGUGCUGCACAACAAAAAUAAAUACAUAUAAAAACAAUAUAAAAUAAAUAUGAUUAAAAACAAUUUCAAAGGGUAAAACCAAUUAAAGAGGGAACAUACUUUAUAGACUCAAUGCAUAUUUUAGGAAAAAAUACAAUUUCUGCUUGCCAUAACCUUCAUUAUUUUUUUCUAAUAAACUGCACUUUUAAGUCUGCGUUAAUAAAAAAUAAAUAAAUAACUCAGCCAUAGCCACACAGAAUCCCCACACCCACUCUAUUGCAGCCUAGCCAAAACUAUGUCUGUGUAUUUAAAGUCCUGGGCAUGCUACCCUGAUUUUAUCCAUUUUUAUUAAUUACACUCAUUAAAAGAUUUAUCGAAGCAAUAGAAUCUAAAUUGUAACUUUUUUUAAAUUUGGAUUUAUUAAAGAAAUAGUUGCAGCCAUACACGUGACCUCAAUGUACUUUAGGUUGUUCCUUGAUGGGCCAACAAAUAGUUCAUUUUGCAGCAUCUGUAUUAUAAAGGUUUGGGGCGAAUACACAAAUCUGGGGCCGUACUUAUCAAGCUUCUUAGAGUGCCAUUUUACACUUAAGUCCUGAGAAUUUGCGAAAUUUAGUCCUACUCUCAAACUUAAGAAUAAAAGCUUUUUAUCAACGUUCUUAAGUCUAAGAAUCACUCCUACUCUCCACGAUAUUUAAGAGACCUUCAGAGGUGUCUUAAGUGGUUAGGAGUUGCCAGCAGGGGAUGGCACUGAGGCGAGAGAGACGUGCGCCAACGUUCAGGGAACGGAACAAUGUUUUUUGUUUUUUUUGAU